GUCAUCCAUCCUGCUUGAAGUUCUCCCCAGAAUUAACCGUUCGGGUGAAGGCCUUACGAUGGCAGUGCAUUGAGUGCAAAACCUGCAGUUCCUGUCGAGACCAGGGCAAAAAUGCUGAUAAUAUGCUCUUUUGUGACUCGUGUGAUCGGGGCUUUCAUAUGGAGUGUUGUGAUCCUCCUUUGACCAGGAUGCCAAAAGGCAUGUGGAUAUGUCAAAUAUGUCGACCACGUAAAAAAGGAAGAAAACUACUCCAAAAGAAGGCAGCACAGAUUAAGCGGCGUUAUGCCAACCCUAUAGGACGUCCCAAAAACAGAUUAAAGAACCAAAAUGCAACAUCGAAAGCUCCCUUCAGCAAAGUUCAGACGGGACCCGGUCGGGGUCGCAAGCGUAAGACCCCCUUAUCCAGUCAGUCGACUUGCUCAUUGGAUGGGGGUUACUUGGAGCAAGUCGACGGUCUGGAAUUCUGUGGGGAUGCCAGCAUCACCUUGAAAUUCAACAAGAAAACCAAAGGGCUUAUCGAUGGCCUUACCAAAUUCUUCACACCAUCCCCCGAUGGGCGUAAAGCCCGAGGAGAAGUCGUGGACUACUCUCAGCAAUAUAGGAUCAGGAGAAAGGACAAUAGGAAAUCAAGCACUUCAGAUUGGCCCACAGACAAUCAGGAUGGCUGGGAUGGAAAACAAGAAAAUGAAGAGUGGCUUCUAGGAGGCCCAGAUGUCAUGGCGGAGAAAGAUAUGGAGCUGUUCAGAGACAUUCAGGAGCAAGCACUGCAGGUAAAGUCAAGUCAACUUUCAUCCAAUGUGUUCACAGUCAAAGCAGCUCACUGUUCUACCAAACCUGGUCCUGAGUGCUUUCUCUUUUUUCUCUUAGGUUAUCUCCUAUCCAAACGCGAAGGCCAAGCCGGAUCCCCCGAGAAGCCGCUGUCUGACUUGGGUCGUCUUUCCUACAUGGCAUAUUGGAAAAGUGUCAUCUUGGAGUGCCUUUAUCACCAAAACGACAAGCAGAUCAGCAUCAAGAAGUUAAGCAAACUUACCGGCAUCUGUCCUCAAGACAUCACCUCGACCCUUCAUCACCUGCGCAUGCUUGAUUUCCGUAACGAUCAAUUUGUGAUUGUUCGACGUGAAAAACUUAUCCAAGACCAUAUGGCAAAGCUGAAACUGAACAUCCGGCCUGUAGUCGUGGACCCAGAAUGUCUGCGCUGGACCCCUGUCAUCGUCUCAAACUCAGUGGUUUCUGAGGAUGAAGAGGAUGAUCCCGAAGAGACAGAAAUCGAGGUCCCACAGCAGUCACGGGAGAGAGACAUUGAGGUGAUAAAGUGCGUCUCCUGGGAGAGGAAAGAACGAGAGUCCUGCUUUCCCUUGGAGAGUGAAAAAAAGCCAGAGAUACUCCCGGUCAAUGCCCUGCGAUCUGGCAAGCAGAGUCUUCCCCUAAGUGGUCUUCCCGCCAACAGCCACACGCCGCGCAGGGGCCGGUGGAGCCGCAAGAACAAGAAGCUGCGGGAAUCCUUCGCCGAGAAGGACCCAAAGCUGACCUUGGAGGAGAAGUCGGCCAUGGCCAGGGGCGGCCGAUGCGGCGAGUGCCAGGAAAAGGCAGCCGCAGCGGCAGCAGCGGUGGCAGCCUCUCGAGGGAGAUUUGCCGAGAACGAAGAGAAGAUGGCGUCCUCCCAGGGGCAGUGCGGCAAAUGCGAGGAAAAGACCCCGACUCCCCGAGGGCACUUUAGUAAAGAGGAAGACAAGCCGGCCUCUUCCCAGGGGCCGUUUGGCAAGGGCGAGAAGCCCUCCGCCGGCCAGAGGCGAUGCAGCGAAGGCAUGGAGGUCUGGAAGGGGCAGUUGAAAGCUCUGGAGCCCCUGAAAAGCCGCGUCUCGGAGCAGUGCGACAGGAUAGCCCGGCGGCACAGCGAAGGGGACCGCACAGCACUCAGGCACUUCAGCGAGAGCAGUGAAGACGAAGACGAGGAGCCCACCAGCCCCUGCUCCAGCUCUCCACCGGUUCUCACCAAGCCAGCGCUGAAGCGGAAGAAGCCCAUUCCCCGGAAGAGGCGAGUCCGUAAGCGGAAAUACCACAACAGCAGCGUAGUUACCGAAACGAUCUCAGAAACAACAGAGGUCCUGGACGAGCCGUUUGAGGACUCUGAUUCCGAGAGGCCCAUGCCUCAGCUGGAGCCCACCUUUGAAAUGGAGGACGAGGAGGAGGAGGAAGAGGAGGAGGAAGAGGAGGAGGAGGAGGAGGAAGAGAGCGAGUUGUUCUCCCGAGGAUAUCUUCGCCGUCUCUCUCCACAGGAUUCUCUUAGGCACAGGUCCUCCUUAAAGAGAGGAAGUCAAGAAGCAGAGGAAUCGGACGAUAUGGCUGAUUCUCCUACUUUGAAGCCUGUUCCUUUGCUGAGAAAAUGCGAGUCGCUGGAUUCUCCGCUCCAGCCUGGCACUUCUACACCCAUGAAAAAGAAGAAAGGGUGGCCCAAGGGCAAGAGCCGUAAGCCCAUCCACUGGAAGAAAAGGCCCGGGCGCAAGCCAGGCUUUCAAUUGAGGAGGGGGAAAGUCCGAGUGCCUCCUUUGGAAGAGACCACCGAGCUCAUGGGAGCCAGUUCCAAAUCGGGGCAUAAGGCAAAAGUACAGGACGAGGAAGAGCUGAUUGAGGAGAAGGAAGAACUUCUGCCCAGUGUUGAAGAAAGGAAAGAUGAUGAUGGGCCUCCGGAAGUCGGGGAUUUAGGAGAAGAGGAAGAUAUUAUGCCUGCUAGGGAAAUGAGGGCAACAUCUCCCGUGGACAGCAGCAACAGUCCAGAAAUGGACUCUAAAGAACCCGAACUGGAGGAAGACGCAGAGAAGCCUCAAGCCCUCGAAGACCAGAGGCUGCCAUCCGAAGAAGAGCAGCAGGAAGCUGAAGAGCCCGAGCACGACCAGGAAGAGGAAGAAGAGGAAGCUGCCACCAUCGCUAACCAGCACGAAGAUCACGACGAUGCCGAUGACGAAGAAGACGACGGUCACCUGGGCUCUGUCAAAAAGGAUGAGCUGGAAGAGCAGGCUGAGAAGGAAGGACUGAAGGAAGAGCCGGAAGUCCAGGAGCCUUUUUUAGAAACAAGCACACAGGAUGAUAGAGAGGAGGACGCCAAAAAUAAGAGCGAAGGAGAGGCCGAUUCUGAGGAGGACCCGGUGUCCCAUGAGACCUCGGUAGGCUCAGACCUGCUUCCUGGCUCAGAAGACGACCAAGAGGAAGAGCAGCAUCCCAAGGAAGGGCUGAUGGAGCUGAAGGAAGACGAGCCCAUCCCUCACAGCGAACUCGACCUCGAAACAGUGCAGGCCGUGCAGUCCUUGACCCAAGAGGAAGAAAACCACGAGCAUGACGUGGCGUACCAGGACUGUGAGGAGACCCUGGCUGCUUGCCAGAACCUGCAGAGCUACACCCAGGCUGAAGACGACCCCCAGAUGCCGAUGGUGGAAGACUGCCAGGCCUCCGAACACAACAGCCCCAUCUCCUCAGUCCAGUCUCACCCCAGCCAGUCAGUGCGCUCCGUCAGCAGCCCCAGUGUGCCUGGUGCGCUGGAGAGCAGCUACACUCAGAUCAGCCCCGAGCAAGGCUCCCUUUCCGCCCCUUCUAUGCAGAACAUGGAGACCAGCCCCAUGAUGGACGUGCCUUCGGUGUCGGACCAUUCCCAGCAGGUGGUGGACAGCGGCUUCAGUGACCUGGGCAGCAUCGAGAGCACCACCGAGAACUACGAGAACCCCAGCAGCUACGACUCCACCAUGGGGGGCAGCAUCUGCGGCAACGCCUCCUCGCAGAGCAGCUGCUCCUACGGGGGGCUCUCCUCCUCCAGCAGCCUCACCCAGAACAGCUGUGUGGUCACCCAGCAAAUGGCUGGCAUGGGCAGCAGCUGCAGCCUCAUGCCCCAAGGCAGCGUCCAGCCGACCGCCAACUGCAAUAUCAAGUCUCCCCAGAACUGCGUGGUGGAGAGGCCCCCAAGUAACCAGCAAGCCACGGCGCAGCCUCCACAGCCCCAGGCCCAGCAGCCCCAGCCACCGCCCCCAGCGCAGCAGCAGCAGCAGCAGCAGCCACCGCCACCCCAGCAGCAGCCGUCUCUGUCGCAGUGUAGCAUGAACAACAGUUUCACUCCGGCGCCGAUGAUCAUGGAAAUCCCGGAAUCCGGCAGCACCGGCAACAUCAGUAUCUACGAGAGGCUCCCCGGGGAUUUCGGGGCCGGCGGUUACUCCCAGCCUUCGGCCACUUUCAGCUUAGCCAAGUUGCAGCAGUUGACCAACACGAUUAUGGACCCACACGCCAUGCCUUACAGCCAUUCUUCUGCUGUGACUUCCUAUGCAACCAGCGUGUCUUUGUCGAACACAGGCCUGGCGCAGCUGGCCCCCUCUCACCCUCUGGCCGGAGCGGCCCAAGCACAAGCCACCAUGACCCCCCCGCCCAACUUGGCCUCCACGACCAUGAACCUUACUUCUCCCCUGCUCCAGUGUAACAUGCCCACCACCAACAUCGGCAUCCCUCACACCCAGCGGCUGCAAGGCCAGAUGCCGGUCAAGGGCCACAUUUCUAUCCGGUCAAAAUCGGCUCCGUUGCCCUCGGCGGCUGCCCACCAGCAGCAGCUCUAUGGCCGCAGCCCUCCAGCCGUGGCCAUGCAGGCCAGUCCCCGGGCGUUGGCUGUUCAGCGGGGCAUGAAUAUGGGGGUGAACCUGAUGCCCACGGCCCCUUACAACGUCAACUCCAUGAAUAUGAACACCUUGAACGCCAUGAACAGCUACCGGAUGCCCCAACCCAUGAUGAACAGCAGUUACCAUAGCAACCCUGCCUACAUGAACCAGACGGCCCAGUAUCCUAUGCAGAUGCAGAUGGGGAUGAUGGGGAGCCAGGCCUACCCCCAGCAGCCUAUGCAGCCCAACCCCCACGGGAACAUGAUGUACACAGGCCCUUCGCACCACAGCUACAUGAACGCUGCCGGGGUCCCCAAGCAAUCACUCAAUGGGCCCUACAUGAGGAGAUGAGCAAGACAAGCCCCCCGAAACUUCUUCUCAAUCAAGGAACCUUUUAUACUGACAAAAAAAGCAGAGACAAUGGAUCCUUUUACUCCCCCAGUUAAAUAUUGCUGUAGAUCUUAGAUAGGGUUUGGUUCCCUUUCGGUUUUAAUUUUAUUUUUUUAAGGGGGCCUGGUCUUUUUUUAAUUUUUCCUUCUUUUUUGUUCUUUGGGAGGGGGGUUGGUUCUCUGGCUUGCGGAUCUUGGAUUAUUUUAAUUUUAGUUUUCCUUCCUUCCACAACCUGGGGAAACUUCACCAUUCAAAUCCAUUUUGGGAACUGGGCUUUGGGAUUUUUUCCUCUCUUUUUUUUCCCGUUCCCGUCGGGGGGAGGAGAGGGAUUGAAAACGUGCACACGAUAUAUUCCCGUCCUUGAAUUUAAAGAGUCCUGACUUUGCCAGAACCACCUGGGCAGAGUCUGUGGUUUCUUUGUUUUUAGGCGCUGGAGUCUUCUUCUCUUCUUGACCCUUGUGCACAGCUCUUCAGAUGGCCCAAUCCUGAGAGGUCAGAUCCUGCCCAUCUUCUGUGCCCUUGGCUUCAUGGCAGGCACUGGGAGUGAUGCACGGAGCCCGAAGCAAAUCUUCGGAACCUCUUGCUAUUUUCUCCAAAUAUAGGAACUCUGAAUAGUUGAUAUUUUGUUUUCUCUC